CUGCUUCUGAUGGUGGGGAACCUGAUUAUCAUCCCUGUGGGUAUCACCUUCUUCAAGGAUGAAAAUACAACACCUUGGAUUGUCUUCAAUGUGGUCUCAGACACUUUCUUCCUCAUUGACCUUGUCCUCAACUUCCGGACAGGCAUUGUUGUGGAGGACAAUACGGAGAUAAUACUGGACCCUCAAAGGAUCAAAAUGAAAUACCUGAAGAGUUGGUUUGUGGUGGACUUCAUCUCCUCCAUCCCUGUGGACUACAUCUUCCUUAUUGUGGAGACACGCAUAGACUCUGAGUUCUAUAAGACGGCGCGGGCUCUGCGCAUUGUCCGAUUCACCAAGAUCCUGAGUCUCCUUCGCCUCUUGCGCCUUUCUCGCCUCAUCCGCUACAUCCACCAGUGGGAGGAGAUCUUCCACAUGACCUACGACCUGGCGAGCGCCGUGGUCCGGAUCGUGAACCUCAUCGGGAUGAUGCUCCUGCUCUGCCACUGGGACGGCUGCCUCCAGUUCCUGGUGCCCAUGCUGCAGGACUUUCCCGGGGACUGCUGGGUGUCCCUCAACCGCAUGGUGAACGACUCGUGGGGGAAGCAGUACUCCUACGCCCUCUUCAAGGCCAUGAGCCACAUGCUCUGCAUCGGCUACGGGAAGCAGGCGCCCAUGGGCAUGUCGGACGUCUGGCUCACCAUGCUCAGCAUGAUCGUGGGCGCCACCUGCUACGCCAUGUUCAUCGGCCACGCGACCGCCCUCAUCCAGUCGCUGGACUCCUCGAGGCGCCAGUACCAGGAGAAGUACAAGCAGGUGGAACAGUACAUGUCCUUCCACAAACUGCCCCCGGACACCCGCCAGCGCAUCCACGACUACUACGAGCACCGCUACCAGGGCAAGAUGUUUGACGAGGAGAGCAUCCUGGGCGAGCUGAGCGAGCCGCUGCGGGAGGAGAUUAUCAACUUUAACUGCCGGAAGCUGGUGGCCUCCAUGCCCCUCUUCGCCAACGCGGACCCCAACUUUGUGACGUCCAUGCUGACGAAGCUGCGGUUCGAGGUCUUCCAGCCGGGCGACUACAUCAUCCGAGAGGGCACCAUUGGCAAGAAGAUGUACUUCAUCCAGCACGGCGUGGUCAGCGUCCUCACCAAGGGCAACAAGGAGACCAAGCUGGCGGACGGCUCCUACUUCGGGGAGAUAUGUCUGCUGACCCGCGGGCGGCGCACGGCCAGCGUCCGGGCCGACACCUACUGCCGCUUGUACUCCUUGUCCGUGGACAACUUCAACGAGGUCCUGGAGGAAUAUCCCAUGAUGCGCCGGGCCUUUGAGACUGUGGCCUUGGACCGGCUGGACCGCAUCGGCAAGAAAAACUCCAUCCUUCUGCACAAAGUCCAACACGACCUCAACUCAGGAGUCUUUAACUACCAGGAGAACGAGAUCAUCCAACAGAUCGUGCAGCACGACCGAGAAAUGGCGCACUGCGCACACCACGUCCAGUCGGCCGCGGCCUCCACGCCCACGCCGGUCAUCUGGACGCCCCUGAUCCAGGCUCCGCUGCAGGCGGCCGCGGCCACCACCUCCGUGGCCAUCGCCCUCACCCACCACCCGCGCCUCCCUGCCGCCAUCUUCCGGCCCCCGACUGGGGCCGGCUCCGGGCUGGGCUCGCUGGCUCCCGGCCAGACCCCGAGGCACCUGAAGCGUCUCCACUCCCUGAUCCCCUCUGCGCUGGGCUCCCCGGCCAGCACCCCGUCCCAGCUGGACACGCCGUCCUCGUCCUCCUUCCACAUCCAGCAGCUGGCCGGCUUCUCGGCCCCGGCGGGGCUGAGCCCCUUCUCCUCGGCGAGCUCCCCGCCCGCCGGUCCCGGGCCGCCCGCUCCGGGGGCCUGCGGCUCUCCGCUGGAGACCGCCUCGGCGGCUCCCCCCACUCCGGCCGCCGCCGGCUUCGGCCACUUCCACAAGGCUUCGGGCGGCUCCCUCUCCUCCUCCGACUCCCCGUUGCUCACCCCCCUUCCCAGCCGCACCCGGUCCCCUCCCGGCACCCAAGUGCAGCCGUUGGCCGGGGCUGCGGGGGGCCUGGGCCUCCUGGAACACUUCCUGCCCCCUCCGGCCUCCGCCGGCUCGCCGUCCUCCAGCCCGGGGCAGCUGGUCCAACCUCCCGGAGCCUCCUCCCCAGCCUCCGUCCCACCAAGUGCAUUAGGGAUGUCGCCGAUGCAGCCGGAGAGGCUGCCCUUUGCCAUGGGGGCCUCCGGGGGGGUGUCCUCUAUGGCCUUCACACCCAGAGGCCUCAGCCCCCCCAGUCAGAGCCCAGGCCCAGGGAGAACUUUCCAAUGCGCCCCACCCCGGGCGUCGGGCUCCCACGGCUCCCUGCUCCUGCCCCCCGCCUCCAGCCCCCCGCCACAGAUCCCCCAGCGCCGAGGAACCCCGCCUCUCGCCCCAGGCCGCCUCACACAGGACCUCAAGCUCAUCUCAGCCUCUCAACCAGCCCUUCCUCAGGACGGGGCUCAGACGCUGCUGCGGGGCUCCCCUCACUCCUCAGGGGAGUCCGUGGCCGCCUUCCCACCUUUCCGGGGCGGGGGCGGGGGCUUUGGACCCCUCGGAAGGCCCUUUGGCACGGGCCCAGCCCAGAGGGUCACCUUGCCUCGGCAGACGUCCUCAGGUUCUUUGCCCCCACCCCCACCGUUGUUUGGGGCCGAAGCCGCCUCUCCGGGGGCCCCUCCCUGACUGCCGCCCCCCGGGGCCGAGAAUCUACGGGGCUGGUGGGUGCCCCUGAGCCACCCGUCCGCUCCAAACUGCCUUCUAACCUAUGAACUCGGGCUCUUGCUCUUGCCCCUGACCUUUCUUUUAUGUUUCCCUUCUUUCUUCCUUCAGGUUUAACUGUGAUUAGGAAAAUAACAAUAACAGUAAUAAUUAUACUAACCCCCCACCCCGAAACCCUCUCCCACACUCACAGCCCGAGACAGGAAAGCUCCAGGCACUCCUAGGGCCGUACAUUUGGGGGUCACUUGCUUUUAUAGAUUAUUUUACCACUUGAGGAAAGGGGGGAGGGAGGGGCUGGGAGCCCCCGCGGGACUGCUGAGGAGUCGGGGCGGGGAGGGGGUCAGACACGUCCUGGGGAGCCAGACGGGGUCCAGGGUGGGAAUGGCCCGGGGAAAACGUAGCCCCCUUCCUUGUUUUAGACCCGAGUGUCCACGGUCCCCGACCAGAGGGACCUGAGCUCCAGAGACUGAAGAGCGUCCCGCCCCCUCCCCAGCCUUCCCCCUGCCCUCCGCCCUCUGCGCCUCCCCGUGGGGAGGGGUCUGCUGGAGUCGGGGAGAGGGAGCUCCGCGCGGAGCGGGUCGGGGUCGGCCAGCCUAGCAAUUUUCUACCACGAACCUAUCGAUAUGUAUAUGUAUGUAUGUAUGUAUGAAGUGUACAUGUAGAGCACCUAGCGCCUGUAUAGCCAUGUAGAUACUGACAAAAACAGACACUUGCUGUAGUUCUAACCCAACAGUGCCUGGCAGCCCAGGCCAUAGUGUACAUAGGGCCCCCGGGCCCCCCGCCCAGCUUUGUACAGCCCCCUUCCCCAGAGCCGAUGGCCCCAGGGCAGCACCCCUCCCCAGCCUCAGGGCAGGGAGACAGUGGUUACCUCCACCCACAUCUCAGCAGGGACCCCUACCUAACCCCCCACUCCCCCGUCACUCGUGGAGCGCCCCCUCUUCGGGGAGUCGGAUAAUCUGGGUCUCAAUCCCAGCUCUGCCGGUGACUCCCCGAAGGAAGGGGAUGGGGUCCCUUCUUUCCCCUCCCCAAAUGAGGGGAUGGACUAGAUGAUCCCAAGGGUCUUCCCAGCUCCCAAAUUCCAAGACUCUUCUCUCCAGGCCCUCUCUGCCCCAGUUUUAUGGUGGGGAGUUGUUCUUGCCUGGGGACAGGGCUUCCAGCUGGAUGGGCUUCAAUGUCCUGCCUUGCUCCCCAGCAGCCCCCCGCCUGCCUGCCUCAAUGAGGCAGAAACCCCCCAGCUAAAAGCACAGUGCCUCCCUGAGAGCGGAGGAAUGGACAAAAAGCUGGAGGUCUGAGUGAGCCUUAAGGCCGGGGUCCCGGAGGGUUUCCUGCCCUGCCCGGGAUCAGUCACCGCCCUAAAUCCCAAGGAGCACGAAGUUGGAACUGUCCGGGGCUGGUGGUGCUGGGAAGGAGGCCUGCUGUCACCCGGAAGCCGAGGACGGACUCUUGGGGACACAAAAUCUCCCCUGGCCGGUGGCUCCUCUCAAACGGCUUCCUUUCAAUUCUUCACAUGGCCUGUGUGCCCCCUCUGGGCUAGGUACUGGGGGACGUCACCCCAUCCUCAGGAAACUCAGUGGUGAUACCCAGAAAACUGGCGGGAAAGGCCAAGGGGAGCGGGAACACAGAAGCUGGGGGAGGGGGGUCCUGGGAGAAAAGGCCAUUGUAGACUAGAAGGCUUCCAGGAAAGCGGGAGAGGAGGGGGCUUCAGCUGGCCUGUGAAAAGUGAAGCUGGGAGUGAGAAAGGGGGUUCCAUAUGGGGCAGAGGCAAGGGUGCAGUUAGGGAACCAUGAGGAAACCCGAUGGGGUGAGCUUUGGAGAACCCCCCACAGAAGCAUGGAUACGCAGGGUGGGCUUGGAAACUGGGGAGCUUCCCCCCGGGCAAUCUGUUCUUGAGUCUGAAUCCUGGAUCGGAGAGUGUUAGAAGGAGAAGGAAACCUGGCCAACGUUCCAGGACGAGGACACAAGCACUGGCCCCAAGUCGUUGGAAGCGCUGAUUAGCGGAAGGAUCGGAUCGGGGGUAGAAUUGGGGUCUCUUGACUCCCUGUCCCAAAGGCAGCGGAGAGCCCUUGUGGUUCUGGAGCAGCAGAGGACAGCACAGACCUCCUUGCCCAGCCUCCAGUCCCGGUCUUCCCAAGGAGCCCAAGUGAGGAAGCCGCUCUCCCCGCCGGCGCUCCCGCCUCCCACCCUUAGGGAACCAGCCCGGGGGUCCUGCUCCCGGGGGCCGCUGUGGGGAGACUGUAGGUGCUUAAUCAAUGACUGACGGAGAAGAAACCAGCGCGGGGUGGGGGGCGUUUGCGGCUCUCCCCGUCCCGCGCUAAGUGAGUGUGUGAAGCAGCCUUUGCCCCAGAAAUGGCCCCGAGACCUCCUACCUUAUUAAGGUUCCUUAUUCAGCCUCACCCCCAAGGGAUCGGGACCGGGGAAUUCUGGGUGAGAGAACUUGGACGUUUUAGUCACGAAGGAGAGAAUGGGAGCCCGGGAUGGACGGCGGAAGACUGGGAGAGAGAGCCUGGGAGCCCCGGGAUGACCGGGGACUGUCUCAGAAGAAAGCCAGACCUUAGGUCAGAAUCCCACCGACAGCCUGGCUUCCCAUCGGGAGUUAGAGGGGCUUUGGAGGAGGGCUGGUCAACGAGGCUCCCCCCGUGUACAUGAGUGCAUCUGAAAUGGGGGCAUCCCUAGGAUCCCGGGGGUCCUUGGGGGGGAGCGGCCAGGGAAGAAACACGGCGGGAUGAUGGGAUGGGUGGAAGGGCCCCAGCCUCUCUAGGCCUUUAGCCGCAUCCCCAACAAUAACCUGUUCUGCGGAGGGGCCCAGUGAGGGAGGGAGUCUCCCUUGGCUCCGCUGGCCCGGAGGGCAGGGAAGGAGAGGUCGGGGGCUGCUGGGGGCGGGGCGGGGGGAAGGUCGGUCCUAGCCGGGCGCGACCCAACCCAGAGAUCGUGGCUCCGGAAGCCUCCCCCUUCCUCGGACCCCGCUCCCCCUCCGAGCCCCAGGGCCGUGCCGGAUGGAAAAUCUGAUUGGCCGGUUUGCUGUAUGGUCAGGGACCUUUCCAUGCAAAAAAAAAGAACAGUUUGCGGGGUGUGUGAUCCCUGCCCCCCAGCACUGAGGGCUCAGCGGACUCUGCCUGGCUCCGGGGGGCUGAGUUAGGGGGCCCCAGGCCGGGCGGGAGGGGCUCCCAGGCCGGAGGAGAGGCUCAGCGCGGUCCGCCCCCCGGCUCGGUCCGCCUGGAAAGCGCGAGCUCUGCUCACCGGCAGGCUUCGGGCAAGCGGACCGAGCCCAGCGGGGGUUCGGGUGCUGAUGCGGACCGAGGGUCCCGGGAGUUCCCUCCCAGCUCCGAGGUCGGGGGUCCGGCUGCGAGCUCCCGUUCCCACCCACGAACACCGAAGGGGGCUGUCUGCAGCCGCGCGAAUAGGCUCUUAGAACGCCUUCAGCACCAGACAACAGAUAAGGGGGGGUCUCAGGCGCAGGACCGGUCGCUCUGGGAAAGGUGGGGUUUUCUGGGGUGCGGGGGGGGAAGGGAGAGGGCUCGUUCCCAGUGCUCUCAAAACCGGGCCGCUGAUGGAGGCUCCCGCGAACUCUGUCUACGAGCAGGGCGGGUGUCCCCAACGGGCAGGGCGGGAGAGAGAGCCGGAGAAGCAGCCGGUUGGACGGGGACUCGCCCCAGCCAUGGGUCUCUUAAGCGUGCCGCCAAGGGGGCGAGGCGAGGCUCUCCCCCAGAUCUGGUGGGACUGUGGGGGGCGGGUUCGGGGGGAGCCUCCAGGGCCACCUCUGGCCCCUGGCCCUCCCCUGGGGAGCGAUCGGGGCUCCCACUCACCGAGGGCUUGUGGUGGAAAAGCUCGGGCUGGGGGAGGGGUGCCGUGGGGGCCCUGGACGCCCCAUCUUCCUCACCCUCCCCCAGCCGCCCACUCACAACCCCAGGCGCCGUCCCUUCCCCCGCAGAGCUGGCCAUUUUGGAAUCUUCCACUUUUAAAAACAGAAAAACGGUGAAUGCACCGGAUUGUAUAUUUUAUUUAAAUAAAACAAAAACUUUCAGCAA